AUGUCGCUGUCCGGCGGGGAGCGCCCUGCUUGGCCAGGGACUCGCCUGUCCUGGCUGCUAUGCUGCAGCGCCCUGUUGUCCCCAGCCGCCGGCUACGUGAUUGUGAGCUCGGUGUCCUGGGCUGUCACCAACGAGGUAGACGAGGAGCUGGACAGCGCGUCCACCGAGGAGGCGCUGCCCGCGCUGCUGGAGGACUCGAGCAGCAUCUGGCAGCAGAGCUUCCCGGCCUCGGCGCACAAGGAGGACACGCACCUGCGGCCUCGGGGCUCCGCCCGUGCCAGGCCCGCACCGGCCGCGCGUGGCAUGUUUUCCUACAGGAGAGAGAGCGGCUCAUCCGAGGCAUCCUCCGGCCCCAGGGUACAUGCCGGCACCGCCCGCUCCCUAGCCCAUGCUAGUUCCUGGGGCUGUCUGGCCACAGUGUCCACCCACGAAAAGAUCCGAGGACUGCCCUUUGGGAGCUGUCUGGCCAUCAGUGAUGGCCCCGUCCACAACAGCACAGGGAUCCCUUUCUUCUACAUGACAGCCAAGGACCCUGCGGUGGCUGACCUGAUGAAGAACCCCACAGCCUCGCUGAUGCUGCCGGAGUCUGAGGGAGAGUUUUGCAGAAAAAACAUCAUCGACCCAGAAGAUCCCCGAUGCGCCCGGUUAACACUCACUGGCCGGAUGGUCACGGUGCCACCAGGGGAGGUGGAGUUCGCCAAGCAAGCCAUGUUUUCAAGGCAUCCAGGGAUGAGGAAAUGGCCCCGCCAGUAUGAAUGGUUCUUCAUGAAGAUGUGGGUAGAACACGUCUGGCUUCAGAAAUGGUAUGGAGGUGUAUCUGACAUCCCGAGGGAGGAAUACUUCAAAGCAGCUCCAAGAAAGGCCUGA